AUGAGCAAGUUCCGGUUGUCCCCCCCCACCGCCCCCGCCCCCGCCCCCGCCCCCGCCCCCGAUGUUAAAGAUGGGAGGACACAAAAAGAGUCACAAGAAGGAAGGAAGAACACAGGACAUGCCAGUCUCUUUAAGGAGGCUGGCCAGAGAGAGGCAGAACUACGGAAGCAAAGGCUUGAAAACCUCCAGGAGAAACAGAAGGCGUCACGUGAAAGAGAGCGACAGAGCGAAUUCGAGAAGAAGGAAAAUGAGAUGCAGAAUUUGGAAAAACAUGUCAAUUUUGAAAAUGAAAACUCAAGGAAGGCGUACUACAGGGAAUUUAAGAAGGUGAUUGAAAGGGCAGACGUUAUUCUGGAGGUUCUGGAUGCACGUGACCCUCUGGGCUGCCGAUGUCCACAGGUGGAGCAGGCAGUGGUUCAGAGUGGCACCAACAAAAAAAUAGUUCUGGUGCUAAACAAGAUUGAUCUGGUUUCAAAGGAGAUUGUAGAAAAGUGGAUAAAGUACCUUCGGAACGAGUUCCCUACUGUGGCCUUCAAAGCCUCCACUCAGCAACAGAACAGAAACCUGAAGCGCAGCAGUGUGCCCAUAACGCAGGCCUCCUCUGAGCUCCUGGGCAGCAGUGCGUGUGUGGGGGCCGACCUCCUGAUGAAACUCCUGGGGAAUUACUGCCGCAACCUCAACAUCAAGACCACCAUCACCGUGGGUGUGGUGGGCUUCCCCAAUGUGGGAAAGAGCAGUCUGAUCAACAGUCUGAAGCGUGCUCGCACUUGCAGUGUGGGAGCCACACCAGGUGUUACCAGGCACCUUCAGGAGGUACACCUGGACAAGCACAUCAAGCUUCUGGACUGCCCAGGUAUCGUCAUGGCGACCUCCACGUCAGACGCAGGGAUGAUCCUGCGGAACUGCAUGAAGAUCGAACAGCUGGUGGACCCCAUGGAGCCAGUGGCAGCCAUCCUCAGACGCUGCAACAGGAAUGAGGUUAAAGAUGGGAGGACACAAAAAGAGUCACAAGAAGGAAGGAAGAACACAGGACAUGCCAGUCUCUUUAAGGAGGCUGGCCAGAGAGAGGCAGAACUACGGAAGCAAAGGCUUGAAAACCUCCAGGAGAAACAGAAGGCGUCACGUGAAAGAGAGCGACAGAGCGAAUUCGAGAAGAAGGAAAAUGAGAUGCAGAAUUUGGAAAAACAUGUCAAUUUUGAAAAUGAAAACUCAAGGAAGGCGUACUACAGGGAAUUUAAGAAGGUGAUUGAAAGGGCAGACGUUAUUCUGGAGGUUCUGGAUGCACGUGACCCUCUGGGCUGCCGAUGUCCACAGGUGGAGCAGGCAGUGGUUCAGAGUGGCACCAACAAAAAAAUAGUUCUGGUGCUAAACAAGAUUGAUCUGGUUUCAAAGGAGAUUGUAGAAAAGUGGAUAAAGUACCUUCGGAACGAGUUCCCUACUGUGGCCUUCAAAGCCUCCACUCAGCAACAGAACAGAAACCUGAAGCGCAGCAGUGUGCCCAUAACGCAGGCCUCCUCUGAGCUCCUGGGCAGCAGUGCGUGUGUGGGGGCCGACCUCCUGAUGAAACUCCUGGGGAAUUACUGCCGCAACCUCAACAUCAAGACCACCAUCACCGUGGGUGUGGUGGGCUUCCCCAAUGUGGGAAAGAGCAGUCUGAUCAACAGUCUGAAGCGUGCUCGCGCUUGCAGUGUGGGAGCCACACCAGGUGUUACCAGGCACCUUCAGGAGGUACACCUGGACAAGCACAUCAAGCUUCUGGACUGCCCAGGUAUCGUCAUGGCGACCUCCACGUCAGACGCAGGGAUGAUCCUGCGGAACUGCAUGAAGAUCGAACAGCUGGUGGACCCCAUGGAGCCAGUGGCAGCCAUCCUCAGACGCUGCAACAGGAAUGAGGUACUUAGUGGAUGCUCUUGGUGUGACCCUCAGUGACA